AGUGGUUCGCGGGUACAUUCAUUGAUUUGCCUCCGUCUCCAACAACCUCACAUCAUACACUGGCUUCUCUGGUAUUUGUCUUCUUUCCUACUCUCCACCAAGAUCUUCUUCUGCUUGCCAUCCUCCCUCCUUCUCGUCGCUAUUGCGAUGCGGCGGCGACGACCCUAGCCAGCAAUGGGGAUUCGAAUCACCACCUGGAAUGUCAAUGGCAUCCGCAAUCCUUUCGGAUACCAACCAUGGCGAGACAAAAGAACUUUUGAUGCUAUGUUUGACAUUCUCGAGGCCGACAUUGUCGUCUUUCAAGAAACCAAAAUCCAGAGAAAGGAUCUUCGAGAUGACAUGGUCCUCGUCCCUGGGUGGGACAACUACUGGAGUCUCCCAAAACACAAGAAAGGCUACUCUGGAGUCGUCAUCUACACUCGUUCUGCCACGUGUGCCCCGAUUCGAGCAGAAGAAGGCAUCACUGGAAUCCUCACUCCUCCCAAUUCCUCAACCAGUUUUCGAGACUUGCCCGACGACGAACAAAUCGGUGGCUAUCCGAAUGCCGAUCAACUUUCCCAGGCUGACUUCGACCCCGCGACACUCGAUUCCGAGGGGAGAUGCGUCAUUCUCGAGUUCCCAGCCUUUGUCCUGAUUGGUACAUACUGUCCCGCAGAAAGAGAUGAGACAAGAACACACUUCCGCACCAGCUUUCUUCGAGUUUUGGAUUCGAGAAUCAGAAAUCUGGUCAAAAUGGGCAAACGAGUUAUCUGGACUGGUGACCUGAAUAUUUCCCGCGAAGAGAUUGACACUGCAGCCGCCGAGGAAUCUAUGAGGAAGAAUGACAUAAAUCCAAUCGAGUGGAUCUCGACACCUGCGAGACGAAUGUUCAAUCAACUACUCGUCGGUGGCAAAGUCCAUGGCGAGAGGGACGAGGGCAGGGAGACUCCAAUCAUGUGGGACAUAUGCCGGGCUUUCCAUCCAGGUCGCAAAGGCAUGUACACAUGUUGGGAGACCAAAGUCAAUGCAAGACCUGGCAACUAUGGUGCCAGAAUCGACUAUGUUGUCUGCACACAUGACAUGAAGGAUUGGUUCAGUGCAUCUGAUAUUCAGGAGGGCCUGAUGGGAUCUGAUCACUGUCCAGUCUAUGCUGUCUUCAAGGACAAAGUCAUGGUUGGGGAGAUCGAGAGACAUGUCCUCGACAUGGUCAAUCCACCUGGCAUGUUUGAGAAUGGUGUUCGACAGCACGACUGGACCAACAAACAUCUUCUUCCCAUGUCAGGUAGAUUGAUCCAAGAAUUCGACAAAAGACGCAGUAUCCGUGACAUGUUUACAAGGCAGCCAUCUGGCGUCAAGUCGACAAGCACAAUACAAGAUACUCCAGAACAAACACCCACCGCAGUCCCCAUCACCAACCCUACUGAGUCGCCAAACAAGGCUAUGGCUACCAGAGAAGCCAACACAGACUCGAAAAGUUCAUUCUCUACGCCUAUGCCAAAGCCAGAAGCCAUCAAUGGCAAACGCCCAGGAGCAGCUCCCACUCCUGCCCCUCCCAAGAGAACCAAGACGGGUUCGCAGACACCUGUGAACGGAGUCAACAAAGGCCAGAAAAGUCUCAAAGGCUUCUUCACCGCCAAACCCCCAAUACCAUCCGCCCAAGCGACGGCUUCUCCAGCGGUCAACGACGCAGUCAUUGCUGACGAGUCUGACAUUCCUCAACCACCUCCCUCUAGCACCAAAUCCCUCGACCUAUCACCCACAAAAUCCGACACAUUCAUCAUGGAUGAAGCUACUUCAUUUGAGACCAAGAAAACAUGGGGCAAGUUAUUUGCCAAGCCAGUCGCACCAAAAUGUGACCAUGGCGAGGCCUGCAAAACCAUGUUGACUAAAAAGCCGGGCGUUAACUGUGGGCGGUCCUUUUGGAUGUGCAAUCGUCCACUGGGGCCAAGUGGAAACAAGGAGAGAGGAACUGAAUGGAGAUGCGGCACCUUUAUCUGGGCAAGUGAUUGGGAUGCCCAUCUUCCAGAUCCAGACUGAGGUGGUGUGCUCAUUGUUUCUACAUUCCUGACGCAGGACACUGUUCUGCACUGUGAUUGGGAGAUAGGGAUGACUCCCACGUCGUUCACAUAUGGAAAUCCACAGUCUCUUCACCCUCCCGAGAAAAGGCAUUUCCAAGGGACGGUUGCCUCUUGGCUCCAUGGCCUUGUUCAUCACAUCGCACCGUGUCUGCGCUGGCCGACUCGAGGGUUGAAUCAGUGGCAACGAUCCAGCGGAUAUGAGUGCCACUGACAUACCAGCACCAUAUUGUCCAUAGCUGAACACAGACCAUGUACAUAUCUAGCAUCUGGUAGCCACGUCCAGGCUGCUGUAUAUCAAUUCAAGUCCCAAGUGCCUACCUUA